AUGUCUUACAUUGAUUAUGUCAAAGAGAAAUUAUUGAAACCACUGGGCGUCAAUAUUGACAAAGUUGGCGUACGAUUGUCUGAUUUUGCAAAUAUCGAAGAUCUUGUAAAGCAUUAUACCUAUGUAGUCAAUAGAUCUUAUAUCUUGGAUUGGAAUAAACAAAUACGACAAUUGAAUAUUAUACAAAUACCGAACGAUCUUCCUACUUGGCUCUAUAUAUCAUUUUUUGGUUUCAGCGUCCAUCCAGCUGGUCUCUUACGUAUGUCGGCUGGUACACUAUCCAUAUAUCUACGUAUGUUUCUGAGCAAUGGAUCUUCUAUUCUUCGUCCACAAUCGAUUGCUGAAAUGCGGAAAGUGGUCGGCAAUGGUCUCAUACCAUAA